CAAAUUUUUUAAAGGCAAUGGCGAAGCUGUGGAUCGCACUAAUGUUCUUGCUCAUUUCAUUUCCAUUGCAAGAAUCAUCAGCGCAGGAAAUCGUCAACAUAACGAUCUUGCACAAUGCUGUCAAAGAGGGCGCAGUGUGUCUCGAUGGAAGCCCACCAGCGUAUUACUUGCGGAGAAGAAAUUCCCCAAAUUGGCUCCUGUUCUUGCGGGGUGGAGGUGUGUGCUAUGGCGACAGCAAAGAAAGGUCCUGCUUGAGCCGCAGCACAUCAGAACUUGGAUCAUCGCAACAGAUGAGUGAGCAAAUCAGCCUAAACUUUGGUAUUUUGAGCAUUUCUAAGAAGAACAAUCCAGAUUUCUGGAACUGGAAUCAUGUAGAAAUCACUUAUUGUGAUGGUGGAAGCUACCUUGGAGAUGUUGAGAAACCUGUCCAAGUUUUUGAUACUGAGACAAACAAAACCCGCUAUCUUUACUACAGAGGGCGAAAGAUAUGGAAUUACACCAUCAGAAACCUUCUGCAGAAAGGCAUGAAACAUGCAAACCAGGUUCUUCUAUCUGGCUGUUCAGUAGGGGCUACUGCCACAGCAGUUUAUUGCAACGAUUUCAAACAGUUAUUACCUCAUGCAACAGUAAAAUGCUUAAUGGAUGGUGGGCUUUUUGUGAACCUGCCUGAUAUUACAGGAAACUACUCGUUGCAAUCCAUUUUUGACAUAACAGUGAGGGAACACAAUAUUACAUUGGGCAUUGAAAGAAAUUAUGUUCCAACAAAUGCAGCAUAUAAGCAACUCUUUCCUCCAUAUAUUUUGCCAUCUAUUAAGCAACCCAUGUUUCUUCUUAAUUCUGCAUAUGAUACUUGGCAGAUUAGAAACACAUUACUAUACCCAACUGCGGAAUGGAGACCAUGUGUCUUAAAUUCAUCUUCUUGCCAUCCCAGGCAGCUCCAAAUCUUACAAGGCUUUAGAUCAAGUUUCCUAACAAAUAUUUCACCUGCUUUUGAGAAAGAAAAAUGGGGUUUCUUCAUCAAUUCAUGUUUUCACCAUUGUCAAGGUGACGUUUCCACAGUUCGAGUAAAUAACCAGACAAUUCUGGAAGCAAUUGGAAAUUGGAUGUACGAAAGACAAAAGAAAGUCAUCCUAGUGGAUUUUCUUUCAUGGCCAAAUAAUCCAACUUGUGUAACAUAUUUUGAAGAUACUUGGCUUUAAGAGACAAAUAUAUUUUUAUAAAAUUUCAAAACCAUUUAGAAAAUA